CCCGGGAUUGUCGGUCCGUCUCCGUUGGCGGUCCGCCGAGGAAUGGGGCGGGAGGAAUGGCGGCGGCGGUUGCUGAUGUUGGUGCUGCAGGCGGUGAACCGGCUUCUGCGGCAGCGGCGGCUUCACGGGGCCCUGGCGGCCGUCAAGGGAUUCCGCAAUGGGGUCGUGUAUGGAGCCAAAAUCCGAGCCCCACAUGCAUUUGUGAUGACAUUCCUCUUCAAAAGUGGAAGUCUAUUAGACAAACUGAAGGCCAUUGGACAAGCCACGUACACUCAUUCCCGAAACCUGGCCAUAUUCGUCUUCCUCUACAAGGGGCUGCUGGCCGCACAGCAGUGGCUGCAGGGUGAGAAGGUGCAGUUCCACUCGUUCUUAGCAGCUUGUGCAGGGGGCUGGUUUGUGUUUGGAGAGAACAACCACAUCAACAGCCAGAUAAACAUGUACCUGCUGUCCCGAGUUCUCUUUGCUCUUUCACGACUGGCCGUUGAGAAAGGUUACGUCCCUAAGACAAAGCGAGACCCUUUCCCGCUCUUUGCCAUGUUGGUGUGGGGUGUUGUCCUGUGGCUGUUCGCAUACCAUCCACACACACUGCAACCGUCGCUUCAGUCCUCCAUGACCUACCUCUAUGAAGAUAGCAAUAUCUGGCAUGAUAUAUCAGACUUUCUCAUUUAUAACAAAAGGAGCACUGACAAAUGAGUGGACUUCUGCUUUGACGAAAGCAACGUUUUAGAAGGAUGAUAUUUCUGCUAAUUUUCUCCUCUGUCCUGAAGAUGCCAUUUGGUGUAAGUGAUUUAACAACAGGUUUUACCCAUCGGCGCGCAGAGUCCCUGACAGCUGGAUAUAUGCAUGUAACGUUGGAAGCACUCGGUCUGUAUGUAAAAAAAAUUUGUUCCUCAAAAAGUGAACUGAGCACAAUGAACUUCCUUGGCCUCAAUUUAAUAUGGUUGCUGCAUUAGGAUUUCAUCUAGCUUGGUAACUGUUGCUGCUGUGUUUGAGCAAGAGUUGUGGCUUAGGUUCAUUUCCGACUUCUUGACUCUCAUUAACACUGCUUUACAAGUCAGUCAUCACUAACUGUGAUCACUAGAUCGGAUGGGCUUACUGUUAUUUUUAUUUAUCUCCAAAUCCAUCUUGGAACACUCAGGCCUAUCAGACGUUGGCAAGUUGAUGGGGUGGGGAGAGUGUAGAACAACCUCAUUGGGCCCACAAACCUGCUGCUGUUUAAAACAUCUGAGCCUUUGUCAUUUAGAAGAGGGAAAACUGCCCAGUUCACUGGAGAAGUAGGAAGAGCAAAUUGAUUACCAGUUAGUGCAAUAAUCCUUGUAAUCUGUUCAGGGCUUUUGUCUAAAUGCAGCAUAAUUUCUGCUCCCUUAUAUUCUUGUCAUUUAAAUACACUGCCAGCAUUCCAUUCGCCUUUUUCUGUACCUGAAGUAGCUGAAGUUCUAAUGAUCCAUUGAAACUUCAGUCUAUUCAUAACUGUGCAAACUGUGACCUAACUUGCACUAAGUCUUGCUCCCCUCUUCAUCCUGCUGGUCACUGACCUGCAUUGGCUUAAUCUUGAUUUUAAAAUUCUCAUCCUAGUUUCCUAAUCCUUCUAAGGCCUUAUCCCUUCCUUUUUCUAUAAUCUCCUUCAGCCCGGAAACCUCCAAAACAUCUGUGCUUAUCUAAUUCGCACCCCCCACCAAGCAUGCUCAGUUCUAAUCACUGUGUCAUUGGUGGUUGAGCUUAGUUUCUCUGUUCCCAAGCUCUGCAUUGUGCUCCCUCCAACCUUUUCAACUCACUUGCUUCUUUUAGGAUAGUUCCAUAAAAGCCUACCUCUUUGAUCAAGGUUUAGAUCUUUGGACCUAAUAUCUCCUUAGGUGGCUCAGCGUCAUGUUUUUUGUAAUGUUUCUGUCAAGUGCCUAGGGAAGUUUUAACUGUUAUAGGUCUUUAAUCGAUACUUAAAGUAUCAUAUUUAUUUAUUUAGAAGUCAACUUUCUAACUUUACUAUAUAUAUGUGAGCAAUAGUCUGUACAUCAACAUGUACUGUCACGGCCAACCCGUCACUGGUGUAUGCUGCGUCCAGCGUUCUAAUGUGGCAAAGUUACAUACAGAAGGAACAGCAGAACAACAGAAGAUAUUAAGGAAAGCAGGUAGUCAGGCAGAUUUUUUAAAAAAAUCUUUCUGCUGAAUGGAAAGUUAAGAACCUGAGGCAGAGUCUUAGAAUUGGAAACAGACAUUUCUGGGGUUAAAUUAGGAAACACAUCUAGGCACGGCGUGGGGGUGUAGAAUUUUUAAAAUCUCUUUUUACAAAUGACAAUGAAAGCUAAAUGCAUUGUUUGUCUGAGUUGAGAUUGGUAGAUAUGGGACAAAGAGCUGAGUUGCAGAUGAAUCAAGAUCUAAAUGAAUGGUGGAACAUGAAUCUGGGGCUGAUUUGGCCGAUUUCUGUUCUUACAUAUGCGUACAUCACUCGUCAUUUUUAAUCUAGCCUCUGUUUUAUGAUUAGCUGAAAAUAACAUGCCAGGUUUAUCUGUGCUGAUUUUUAGAAAUAGAGAGGUAGCAAAUCUCUAACCUAUUAGCUGACACAAUUAAUCUAGUCGUAGAAAUAACUUACCAGCUCCUUUGAGCGUGUGUGUUCCUGAGCAGCACGAAGUCCAAUCAAAGGAAAAUGAGCCUUAAACUCCUGGAAUUUUUUUAAAAUAUCUGAUACCCCUUCAGAGUCUCAAUGCUCCCAGUUAGCUCUUGGCCUGACUCAUUCCACUUUUCAAAAGAUUUCCUACUUCCUGAUGUUUCAGAGCCUGGGACUGACCGCUUAAUAAGCCAACAAGCAUAUUUUAAAAAAAAAGACAGAAAAGUAAAGCUGUGUAAGUCAAAGCAUUAAAUUCUGUAACAUUUAUACAAAUGUUAGGAAAAUAUCAGUUCCAAUUACCACUGCCAGACACGUGAGUGAAAUCACAGGUAAAGACUUUGGUUUAGCUCUUGUCCUCAAUUUUUAAUUUUAAGUAUUAAAACAGAGUUGUUUUAAGGUACUUUAAUAUAAAUUGUGUAUAAAGGUCACCAAGCACUGCCCCUGCCAUGUCAACUUAAACCACCCUUUUGUGUCUUUCUGUUCAUUUUCUUCCUGUUAUAGUAUAAUUUGCUCCCAUUUAAUAUUUAAUACAGAUUAUUGUUGCAAUGAAA